GUGUGAAAGAUGGAAGCUGGACUGUGCUGCAGCUUGUGGAAGCCUUGGGGUCUUGUCUGGAGAACACAGAUCUUCGGUUGCGAGGGCGAGGCAUCCAGCUGCUGUCACAAGUCCUGCUCCAGUGUUACUCCCUGCUCCAGGAGAAGGAAGUGCUGCAUCUGGUCCUGUUCUAUGAGAAUCGGCUGCAAGAUCAUCACCUCGUGAUCCCCUCGGUGCUCCAGGGACUCCGAGCGCUGAGCAUGUGUGAGGUGCUGUCCCCGGGGCUAGCGGUUUCUGUGCUCAAAGCUAUCUUCCAGGAGGUACACGUGCAGUCCCUGCUGCAGCUGGACCGCCACACAGUCUACAGCAUCAUCACCAACUUCAUGGGCACCAGGGAGGAAGAGCUGAAGGGCCUGGGUGCUGACUUCACCUUCGGCUUUAUCCAGGUGAUGGACGGGGAGAAGGAUCCCCGCAACCUGCUGGUGGCCUUCCAGAUCGUGCAUGAUCUCAUUACCAAGAACUACGCCCUGGGUCCCUUUGUGGAGGAGCUUUUUGAAGUGACGUCCUGCUAUUUCCCCAUUGAUUUUACUCCACCCCCCAAUGACCCUCACGGUAUCCAGAGAGAAGACCUGAUCCUGAGCCUCCGGGCCGUACUGGCCUCCACACCCCAAUUUGCUGAGUUCCUGCUCCCUCUGCUCAUUGAGAAGAUGGACUCAGACCUGCAAAGUGCCAAGCUUGACUCCCUGCAGACUCUGACUGCUUGCUGUGCCAUCUAUGGGCAGAAGGAGCUGCAGGAAUUCCUCCCCAGCCUCUGGUCGUCCCUGCGCAGGGAGGUGUUCCAGACAGCAAGCGAGAAGGUUGAGGCAGAGUGCCUGGCCGCGCUGCACGCCCUCUCUGCCUGCCUCUCCCGCUCCGUGCUCAGCUCUGACACCGAGGACCUGUUGGAUUCCUUCCUCAGCAGCAUCCUGCAAGAUUGCAGGCACCAUCUGUGCGAGCCCGACAUGAAGCUGGUGUGGCCAAGUGCCAAACUCCUGCAGGCAGCAGCGGGUGCCUCCCUCCGUGCCUACCACCGUGUCACCCGCAGUGUCCUGCCCCUGCUGCUGGAGCAGUACACCAAGCACCCGCAGAGCAGCCAGAGGAGGACAAUCUUGGAAAUGCUGCUGGGCUUCCUGGAGCUGCAGCAGAAGUGGGGACAUGUGGAAGAAGAUGAGAGCACUCUGCUGUCGCUCCGAGCCCCGGUUUGCUCUGUGGUGUUCUCAGCACUGACAGAUCCCAGUGUGCAGCUGCAGCUGGUCGGGAUCAGGACAUUGACUGUCCUGGGGUCCCUGCAAGGCUUCCUGUCUCCCUCUGACCUGGAGCUGGUUGUGGAUCACCUCAUCCGUCUCGCUCUGCAUGAGGAGGAUUCCCAGAGCAGCGAAGCAGCAAUGGAGGCAGCCGGAUCUCUGGCCCCCAUCUACCCAAAGGUUUUCUCUGGACGCAUGGUACCCAGGCUUGAAGAGGAGCUGCAGUCAGGUAGGGCUGGGUGGGAGGAGGAGAGCUCCCGUGACCACUGCUCCCUGCGGCAGCGCUGCCUGCAGGCCCUGGCAGCCGUGUCAAUCCACACCAGCAUUGUGAGGGAGACCAUCCCUGUCCUGCUGCAGCAUCUCCGGAAGGUGCAGAAAG